AUGCUGGCCAUCGGUAAGGACUGUGCCGAGAUCCGCAAAGUCAUGGCCAACUAUGAGUUCAACCACAUGGUCACUGUAGACCCAAUUACACCGCCAUUUCCCCACAAUGUCACGCUUACUACCCGUAGCCGCAAGGCAACAGUGGCCAAACAGUACAACGAAGUACGUGAGCUAGAAUAUGUAUUCCCGAAGACGAUGUAG